AUGAAUAGAGAUUGGAGUAGAUCGCAGAUGAGGAGGCCGAUGAUCCUCGAUCACUUUUUUGAUGACAUGGAUGAUCUCGGAGAAUCCAUGGCGAUGCCGAUGGACGUCGACGAUGACUAUGACGAACCCAUGGAGAUGUUCGGCGGCGGACUUUUCUCUUCGGCGAAGAAGCUCAAAGACGCCAAUUUCUUCAACAGCUUCGAAGAUGACUUCGAUGAUUCCGAUAUCAACUGA